UUCAUAUCACAAUCACAAAGAAAAUUACAAGUUAGAAAUUAUGAGCAGUAAAAAGUAAAAAAUGAAAAAAUAGCAGUGAAACAAUAAAAGCGAUGGAAAAAAUGGAACGACGGCGACAAGAUCCACCAACCGCUAGCAGACGAAGGUCGUUGUGGCGAACUAUGUCGACACAAGGCGCUUCCUCCACCGGCGACACCGCCAAAGCAAUAGUUGCCGAACAAAUCUCACAGACGGUUCAAUCCACAUCAAACCUUCUUCAUCUCAUGCAACACUCUUCUCCUGCUCAGGCUAAACUUGUUAAGCUUCCUAAGAAUCUUUUGGCAAAGGUUUCUACUAUUAAGAAUACAGAGCAGGUUUUAGAGCAGUUGCCUCGGGUAAUAUCGUCGCUGGAUGCACAUAUGGAAAAUGGAUUGCAAAAUGUUCCACAACUGAAGACUGUGGUUCAGUUACUUGCAAAUAUGGAAAGUAGCCAGCUUAGUUCACUAUCCCGAACCCAUGUUCUUGAGAAGGAACAUGAAUCAGGAAACCAAUCUCAAGAGACGGAUUAAUUGUACUUUCGUUGAUUGGGAGUUUGACCUCUGAUCAAUUCGUCCAGAAUUUUUGAAAGCUUCGGACUGAUCAUCUUUGAUUUCAUCAUAGCAGCUAUGUUUCUUCUUGUGUCUAUCAGCAAAUCAAAAUAACAAAGUGCUGUACUACUGUCCCGCAUUCUGAUACGGUAAAUAGUUUCAACUGUAGAAAGCUGUCAAUAUUAUGAGUUUUGACAAUGUGCUUAGGUUUCAAACUUGGAAUCUUGUCCAAUGAGUUCAAAGUCAGGUUAUUAAUUAAUAGGUAGCAAAUGUCAACAUAUGUAUGUGUACACAUUUUCAGCUUGUGUUUUUUGGUUUUUCGAUUUUGAUGAAUUGAACCUUUGCCAAUUGUUUUGUGCAAAGUGAUGCAUUUUUUAUAUCACUGUCAAACUCAGUAGUCAUUUCUUUAUAUCCCAAUGUCUAAUAUACUUGUACUUAUUAUAUCA